AGUUGGAUUUCCAGUUUCCGCUUCUAAUAUUGAUGGUCUUGAAAGCGCGCUUGGAUCCAAGACAUUUUCUAUCACUGAACAAGUCAAGAGCCUCCUCUGCUAUCUCAGAGCAAUACAGACAGCUUAAUAUCAUAUGACCUCAUUUCUCCAAAUUAAAUGAAAAAAGAAUUUUCUCUGGCUUUCCAUGAAGCUCAGCUAUUGCCUGUUAUUUUUGACUGUUAGUGCUGAUCUUUCGAUUGGAUUUACACUGGAAAAUGUAGCUUUUAACAGGACGGUUGCUUUUGGGUCUUUCAAUGCAUCACUUCAUACUGUGUCUCAAGCUUUAGUAAGUUCUCCAGCACACCAUGAUAUCAUAGCCAAAGAGGGGACCAGUAUUUUAAUUGAAUGUAAACUGAACAGCAGCCAGUAUGAAUAUAUUUUUUGGUAUAACUCCAGAGGACACCUGCUUGAACAGAAGGGUGAAGGUGGCCGGUGGAGGAUUGCUGAUAAUUCCCUUAACAUCACAAAAGUCACCUUUGCUGACCGGGGGCGAUACACGUGUGCAGCUGUUAAUCGUAAUGACACCUUGUAUUACACAGUCACCCUGAGGGUUAUCUUCACCUCGGGAGACAUGAGUAUCUACUACAUGAUUGUGUGCCUCGUUGCCUUUGCUAUCACCCUGAUUUUAAACAUAACCCGUCUGUGCAUGAUGAGCAGUCACCUCCGCAAGACAGAGAAGGCUAUCAAUGAGUUCUUCAGGACGGAAGGGGCUGAGAAGCUUCAGAAGGCUUUUGAGAUAGCCAAGCGCAUCCCUAUCAUUACAUCUGCUAAAACGCUAGAGUUGGCCAAAGUCACUCAGUUUAAGACCAUGGAGUUUGCUCGGUACAUCGAAGAGCUUGCCAGAAGCAUUCCCCUUCCACCUCUGAUCCUUAACUGCAGGGCGUUCAUGGAGGAGAUCUUUGAGGCUGUGCGAGUCGACGAUCCCGAUGAAGUCGGUGAGGAGGAAAAACAGACCCAAGCCUGCGGUACCCAAGCUGCAAUAUACCCCAUCAACCCAGAGAUCAAGCGCAGCGAUUCGCCAGCCGGGGAUUCAGACGACGGGUCCAUGAAUGAGCAAGGUCAAGAGAUAGCUGUUCAGGUGUCCAUCCACCUGCAGUCCGAAGUGCAGAGCAUUGACACUGUUUCUCACGACAGCUGCCAGUUUGCGCCUUCCGAGGAAGGCACCUGCUGAGUCCAGCGAUACGCUGAUGUGAAAGAAGCACAGGUGACCCUAGGGUACUGCGAGAAGGGUCUGCAAACAAGCUGCCUCAGUCCCAUAUGCACAGGAGUUUUCCAAAUUGCAAGGUGCCAGAACUGCUACGGAAAUCCGUAUUUUCUGUCAGUGUUGAUCUAAAGAUUGCAAGUCUGUUAGAGAAGGCCGUUUGGAAUAUUGUGCAGUGGCUUUUCUUUUUAAAGCAACCUUGCUGUACUUAAAAUAAUUACAAAACAGGAAUUCUUUGUCGUUGGCUCCUUGGUAGCUUCUGACACUACCAAUCUGUAUUAGAAGUGGCCAAACUGAGCAGUACAACUUGCAAUAAGAUCUUUUCCUUUGUGGAUUCUUUCUUCCUUCACUAAGUGGAGCUGGAAUUCCUUUGAGUCAGUGUUGUU